GAGAGAGAGAGAGAUAGAGAGAGAGAGAGAGAGAGAGAAGACUAGAGGGACAGAGCAAACAUAUCACGUUGAUCAUGUACAUAAUAGAAUCGAUGUAUAUUGUUCGAUUGCGCCAUGCUUAACGCGAAUAUAACCGUUCAUUUGAAACCCGAUUAAUUACGGUCAACUAAAACGGCCCUAAAGCUAUGGCUGGGUCACUCAUCGCGUCAACGGCGUACCGAUAUCAUGAUGGACGUAUUCGUGCCUCAUCGUUGGCCGAUAAAACGGAUUAAGUAUACGAUAGAAACGACAGGUGCUACGAAAUAGAGAGUGCCAGAAAGCAAAAAGCAAGAGAGAGAGAGAGAGAGAGAGAGGGGGGAGAGAGAGAGAGAGAGUGAGAGAACGUACCGAUGUUUUAACGAGCCGUGAUUUUCGUGCUCGCCUUUUCGAGACCCUUACGUAACGCGACUUAAUUGUGAAGGAGCUAUCGCGCCGGUUAAUACGAGCGUCGAGAACGAGGAGAGACAUUCGAGGGGGUGCUUGGCGGGUUUAACUGUGGAGUAACGGCCUGCCAGAGUGGGGAAAGAUUGCUAUGGAGGGGAUACUAUCCCCACCACUUACUCGUCCAUCAGUCGCUCCGAGGCCGUUGUAGAGAGUGGUUUGUUCUUGUUGUCUGUCUGUGCGUUCGUUUCGUGCUUCGCUUUCACGUUACAUCCGCCGGUUUUCGUUCGACCGACGUUUUAAUUCCCAGACGUGCGGCCCUGGUCGAUGCCAAAAAAGUUCCGUAUAUCGCGUAACAACGGGAUAGACGUGUGCGUGCUAGUGUUGGUAAACUUAACCUCAAAGUGUGGCGGCGGGCCACCGUUGCGUCGUAAACAAGCAAAGUGUAGUGUCUCUGUGUGAUGGUGUUCUUUCAUUGAGGAAGUGAAGUCAUUGAUCCGGAGGGAGUAGAAGCAGUUUCUCUUCUUUCGUUCGAUCGGGAAGAAAAAAAGAGUUCUACUUGGUAUAUUCUUAACGCGUUUCUCGCCCUGUUUUACCGACCGGAUAAAGGGCACGCCACGCUCUCCGUGCCCAACGGGAUUCUUCGUGGCGUCGGCGUCACGCUUAACCUCAAUGAACGUAGAAGGCGGUCGAAAUAAGUGGUGACACGAGUAGUUAUUGUCCGAGAAGGUGAAGUUACACGUUGCCGACGAGAAUGCGGUAGUGGCGAAUGGCAAACACACCGAUGGAUCAUCUUUGUGCGUCCGAGGCGAGGACCUUCUUAAACGAAUCGCAUCGACAGAACCGCGGACAGAGCCGUCUUAAGGGUUGCUCGUCCUUGUAGCCCACGCGGGCGAUUUGAAUCAGGGUGUUUCUUUUCGUCGUUGUCGUCGUCGUCGUCGUUGUUGUGUCGUUGUGGUUACUCGUCGUCAUUGGUGUGCCGUGACAUGAAGUAUAUCGCUUACGUGUUUUGAGAACACAUAAACCAGUGUUUGUAUUUUCGAUCAGUUUGAAACUAGAGAGAAAACAUGUAUCCUAGUGCUGGAAUCAACGCUGCUGCUGUGGCUGCCGCUGCCGCUGCUAGGCAUCCGGGUCCACCGCAGCCCGGCCAGCAAUAUAAAUUCUCGAUCGGCGAGUUGUGCGAUCGUAUCAAGGAGGACUUCAACUUUCUUCAGACGCAGUAUCACAGUAUUAAAUUAGAAUUGGAGAAACUCGCCCAGGAGAAGACGGAGAUGCAGCGCCACUACGUUAUGUAUUACGAGAUGUCCUACGGGCUGAACGUGGAAAUGCAUAAACAGACAGAGAUAGCGAAGAGGUUAAACGCCAUAAUUGCUCAGAUCCUGCCGUUCCUCUCCCAGGAACACCAACAACAAGUCGCUACCGCUGUUGACAGAGCCAAACAAGUGACCAUGACCGAACUCAACGCCAUUAUCGGGCAACAGAGGCCGGACCUGCCGAGGCUGCUCCAGCAGGUGCACGCCCAACAGCUACCCCCGGGUACCGCGAUGGGCCCACACCCGGGCAUACCUGCGCUUCCUGGACUUGGUCCCGGAGCGGGACUUCCUGUUCCUACAUCAGCCUCCGCGGCGCUUCUCGGUUUGGGUAUUCCACCUGCAGCGGCCGCUGGUGGCACAGCCGCUCACCCUCUCUCGAUGUUGACGAAACCGGAUUUGCAUCGGGGCCAGCCUGACGACUUGAAACAUAACGGAGGUCUUAACCCAGCCGAAGAGAGGCAUAGAAGCUCGAUAUCGCCAGCGGAACGCGAAAAAUACAGUAGGCCGCGAUCGCCCGACCCCCAGCAUCACGAUCAUCUGCCACUGAAGAAGAUGAAAAAGGAGCAGGACAAGGACAUAGGCCAUCAAAGCGAUGGCGAAAAGAGCGACCAGGACUUGGUGGUAGACGAUGCCAGCGAGGGACCAACGAGCCCGACGGCCAACGGCACGUCGUCACCUAGAGAAAAUGGCCUCGACAAACUCGGUCCGUCAUCGGUGCCUUUGAGCAGCCAGGUGAAGAAAGAAGUGCCACCACCGUCGCCAAGAAGUGGUACAAGCAGCAACGCGAGCACACCUUCGGCUAAGAAGAUGGAGGAACGAGAGAAACCUACCACACCGAUCUCCAAACCUGUCACACCUACGUCUGCAGGUGGUAGCAGCUCUGGCUCCGGUGGUCUGAAACCAUCGAGUUCCAGCAAACCACUGGUCUCGGCUUCGGCGGUCGGCCCUUAUCCGCCACACUAUCCGCCGCCACAUCAUCCACCCGCAGGACCUCAUGUGGACGUGCUGGGUUAUCCCCCGGCCCUGAAUGGAUAUCCCGCAAGACCGCCUCUUCAGCAACUCUACGAUCCUCACGGAAGCAUGAGGGCACCUCUUGGACCUCUCGGUGUACCCGGUGGCAAACCGGCGUACAGUUUCCACGUAUCGAGUGAAGGCCAGAUGCAGCCGGUUCCGUUCCCUCAUGACGCUCUAAUUGGACAAGGAAUACCGCGCCAUGCGCGCCAGAUAAAUACCCUGACACACGGCGAGGUAGUGUGCGCGGUAACGAUCUCGAAUCCGACUAAAUACGUUUACACCGGUGGCAAAGGAUGCGUCAAGGUCUGGGACAUCAAUCAGGGUGGCGGCGGCAGCGCGAAACACGUUUCGCAGCUUGAUUGCCUGCAACGAGACAACUACAUCAGGUCGGUGAAGCUAUUACCAGACGGUAGGACUCUGAUCGUCGGUGGUGAAGCAAGUAAUUUAAGUAUCUGGGAUCUGGCAAGUCCAACGCCGAGGAUCAAGGCAGAACUGACUUCGAACGCGCCAGCGUGUUACGCUCUGGCCAUCUCGCCUGAUUCGAAAGUCUGCUUCAGCUGCUGCAGCGACGGUAACAUCGCUGUCUGGGAUAUACAGAAUCAGUCUUUGCUCAGGCAAUUCCAAGGUCACACGGAUGGCGCAUCCUGCAUCGACAUAUCCGCAGAUGGCUCGAAACUGUGGACCGGAGGAUUAGACAAUACGGUGCGCUCGUGGGAUCUUCGGGAAGGCAGACAGCUUCAGCAACACGAUUUCACAUCGCAAAUAUUCUCCCUCGGUUACUGUCCAACCGGCGAAUGGUUGGCUGUCGGAAUGGAGAACUCGAACGUCGAGGUGCUGCACGCCACGAAACCGGACAAAUAUCAGCUUCAUUUGCACGAGUCUUGUGUACUUUCGUUACGUUUCGCUACUUGCGGCAAGUGGUUCGUCUCAACCGGCAAGGACAAUUUACUGAACGCGUGGCGUACACCGUACGGUGCCUCGAUAUUCCAGUCGAAGGAAUCUUCGUCAGUACUCAGUUGCGAUAUUUCAACGGACGAUAAGUAUAUCGUGACUGGAUCGGGUGAUAAAAAAGCUACGGUGUACGAAGUGAUAUACUGAACAGUCAGCUGAACGAUACAGUUUCAAGCUACUGAAUGUCAUGUGUGCGACGCUUUUAUAACACUGGUGCAUAGAAGAAGUCAAAAAACAAACUUAGAAACUUAGAGAAAAUGGAAGAAGCCUGUUCCAAGAAUAUGCACGGAAGACUCAAAAGUUGAGACUCUAAAACGUGUAUUAUGACAGAAAAUAGUCUUUUUGUGAGUCUAAAAGUGAUACAUUUGCGUGUGUUAUAUUUGUUAAAUUUGAAUCACGCGCGCAGUAGCUUCCGCGCUAUUUCAGAAAGAUAAAAGACCAGAGGAAGCUGCGGGCCGAACUGAAGUUACAUUAUAUACAUAUAUAUAUAUAUAUAUAUAUAUAUAUACAUAUAUAUAUAGGUGGCAGAACGUUUUAGCUACUUAAGAUUGUAUAGAACGUAUAGUUAUAAAUAGGCCAAGAUAACGGCAUAUAAUUAUGCUGAUGAUGAAUGGGACUUAUAUGCGUUCGCUUGGAUGAUUGUGAUCCGCGAUUGUGUUCGACUUCGAGACGAGAAAUCGCUUGUGUAAUAUGUUACUAAUGUAAUAUAGAGUUUUAUGAUAAAAGUAUCAUUACGUGCGACUUGUGAGAGACGCAAGAUGAAAUGUUAUUAACAUUUUCACCGUGAUGUCCUCGUGCUUUAUUAUGACUGACGAAAGAACGAACUGAGAUGCCUGAGAGGCAGAUUAAAAGGAAAAUUGUGUGUACGGAACACCACGAUCUAGCUAGCGUGUAGAUCUGUCGAAGUAGGAAUGUGUGUGCCGUGUUGCAGAAUUCUACAUAAAAUAUAUCGAACACACAAUGUGUAGAAGCAAGAACGUUUUAAUUCGAGGAUAGAGAAUACGUAGGUCUGUACUGAACCGAUGUAAUUUCGAUCGUGUAAAGGAAGUUGGGUUUUUGCAUGACCUUGGAUAUUUCCAUUACGAAGAGAAAAAGUAUAAAAGAAGAGAAAACAAAAAAAAAAAAAAAAAAAAAAAAAAAAAAAAAAAAAAAAAAAAAAAAAAAGAAAACGUAACCCUUACCCCCGAAAUUUGUACUCGUAUAGAAAGUUCAGUUACAAAUAUUUUCGUUCUUUCGUUGCUAUUCUAUAUCUCGGUAUUGCAGCUACCAUUCGUAACUAUGUGUUCUACGGUAACUGUGAAAAAUUGUGAAAGGCAUGGAAGGGAGCUGAGAGAAAAACAAUAGUAUAUAUAUACGUUUGAUCUCUUGACUCAGAACGGUCAAAAAGAGAUUCAAAUGUUUUCUGUCACACUGUAAUUGGUACCGCUAAAUGAAAUCCAUAUUUAUCUUUUUUACGAGUCACAUGUUUAUAGUACAUCGUAUCUUGUUCGCGAUCAUCGACCAAAAGUUGAAUAUUCAAAUCAGUAUCUAUUUACGCUGUACUAUAAAGAAUUUUAUUACUAUCAUUACUCAAUGAAAUAAAAUGUGAUCAUUAUUUAAAUGAUUAGUAUUUGCAUGAUGUAAUACUUAUGUACAUAAUAUAUACAUAAUAUAUAAUCUAUAAUCUGUAUAAUAUAUACAGUGUAUAUAUUGUGUAUAAUAUGAGUAUAUGAGUAUAUAUUGUGCAAAUCUAUUUUCGAUAAUCUAUUUAUACUUUAUCAACUGAAUCUCUCUGGUUUGAUAAUGUUUAUAGCGAACUGUGUACGAUGUACUUUACGUAUUGUACCGACAUCACAAAGAAUAGUUUCAUGCCUGUGCAACAAAAUUCAAGCAUAUUCAACGAAGAAUCAAUCAAAGUAUGAAAUAUAAACUUCAAAGAAGCAGAUGCUCACGAUCGCGUACCGUUUACUGCCAUGAGGCAUCAACAAUUAUACCCAUAUUCACGAAUAGAAGCACGUGGGCUAUUUAUGCUCCCCCCUGAGCACAUUUAUUCGCGGAAUGUUCGUACAAGAAUAUUUUUGUGACUGUUCCACACGAUGAGCCCUUAGGUUUAAUUUGUUAGCGACUCGUGAAUUAACGAGAGACACACGUACGUUGCAAAAGAAAUUAAAUUGCGCCAAGUACACGCGGUUAACGAUUUCUCCGAUACCUCUGAGGAUGUAUGAAAUUACCUCGGCGUAUGAAAUUACUAGGAUAUUAGAUAACGUGUUAUUAUUCGGAUCUUCAACGGUAAAAGCAGGGGAUGCAUAAUGGAGAUUUAUAUUUUGUUACAGGAAGACAACACACGUUUUACAUUCGCUGUGAUCGUCGUAGAAUCAACGCUAUAUACUGCCGCGAAAACAUAAAGGGAAAUAAAAAGAUCAAUAGGAAUUAUAUGUUGCAACGAUAAAAGAAAAUAUAAAAAAUAAAAAAAUAAAAUAAAAAUAGAAGAAAAAAGUGUAUAAAAAGCAAAUAGAUUUUCGGCGAGCACAGCUCCGAUGAUAGACCAAUAGAAACAACGAUACCUCAAGAAGACUCAAUAGUUAAUUAUCUCUUUAAUGGAUUAACUUGUACAGAAUCGAUAUUCUUUUACAGUGACUAAUUACGCAUACCCGCAUACAGUUGCAUACCCAAUACACACAGAUGCACUAGAAGAACAGAGCGAAAAAUCGUGAUCUGACAUCUGCAAUUAAACGAAAAAGCUAACCAACUUUCUGUUCCGCGUUUCAUUGACUUGUGUCUUCGUGCUCGCAAUUUGCACUCCGUGUGUACGAAAGCGAUGAGAAAUAUGCGUUUCCAACCAGAGCAGAAAU